AUGAUCUGUUAUAUCUUCUCCGACAGUCAUGAUCCUGACCUGGGAAUUGAGAACAUGAAUCGAAAUACAAACGAGAAAGACGCACAAUUAGAGGAGAUCAACAACAAAUGUAUCAAGAAGGAGUACUAUGUGAACACGCGGGGCGGCUUCUGGACCGAGAGUUAUGCCUUCAAGUCUGUGCAAAUAAUCAUUAGCAGUGAGCAAGAACAACUCCCCCGGGAUUGGACAAUUAGUGGUGAUGGUGUUGGAGAUGGUACAGAAGGCAUAACCCAAAACAUUCUCAGUUUGCUUAUUAAUACUACCUCCAUUACUGCAAUUUGUCGUUCGUUCUCAUUCAUUCCCACCCAAUUAUUCAGCGCUGAUUCUCUUUCUGUUUGCCCUGUGGCAAAAUUUGAAGACGGGAAGUUCCAAGUCCUCGCUGUGGAAUCAAAAGCUAUGCAACUCAAAAUAAGCCAAAAUGUCCCUCCUAAACGGCAACCAGCCACUUACCCCACAAUCAAUACUGUUGAGGGCCUUGAUUUUCACCAUGAUGCUGUUCCUCUGUAA